AUGGAGGUUUCGGGAAAGAAGGAAAAUAAACAUCAAGUUCAAAUUUCAUCUUCGGGGUCAUCUCAAAGUUGUAAAGUAUGUCAACCUUGUAAAGCUGACGGUGAGAGUUUAGAAGCCGAUGGUUUCUGUCAGAACUGCCAGGAGUAUCUAUGUAAAACGUGUAUCAAAUAUCAUCGCAAAGUAACUGUCAGUAAACAUCAUACUAUUCUGGAUAAGGCUACUAUGCCGAAGAAUGUUGAACCACAAAUUGUCAAACGACUAUGUACUGAAACCUGCGAGAAACACAAAUUAAAGAUUAUCAAGUACUUCUGCAGUGAUCAUGAUACAGUUGGGUGCGGUAAUUGUAUGGUAAUUGACCACAAGGCAUGUCAUGUUGAGUUUAUCCCAGAUAUAGCUGACGAAUUCAUCAACGGCGAGGCAUAUAAAGCUAUUCUUGAUAGACUCGAGAAACUCCAAACAAAGGUUGAUUCCAAGAUAAUGGCAACAGGGACAGGCAGGGAAACAUGUGCUUAA